AUGCUCUGCGUGGAGGUUCUGGAGUUGCUCCUUUAUUCAUGUCUGCACGAGUGUUGCUGCUGUGGCCGCGGAGGAAGCGCCCAGAGUAGCCUAGCACGGAGGGAAGACGAUUCGCAGGCAGAAAAUGGCGGGGAAGCCCCGGUAAUCUAUGGAGCGGACGAAGACGGGUGCCCCUACAAACAGAUUCGCAACAUUCUUGUGGUGUCGCUGUGUGACGGCGGCAUCGUCGCCGCUGCCGUUUCCUCAUCACACACACAACCGUUCGCCGCAAAGGCCCUUUCUUUCCCGCCCUGGCACUUUGCGCCAGCAUGCAUGAUUGCCAGCGAGAACGGCAAGCCGCGCUCAGACGCGCCGCCGCGCGAAGCCGUCUCGCCAGAACCCAAAAGGGCUGCGCGUCAGAGAAGAGAGACAGAGCACGUGAGGCACGGGCCGAUCGAAAGUCAACACAGCGGCGCUCAAACCGUUGCCGCACUUCUCGCCUCGCUCUACGAUGAGUUCGUGUACGUGCUUAGCGACCAGCCUGCCGCUGACAUGCAAUUCUGCUACGCCGACGGCAGCCGGUGUCCCAUCCGCUGCCCGCGGACGAAGGCACUGAAGCGCGAAUGCGCAGCUUGCGAGGCAAACGGGACAAGCGAGCAGCAGACUGUGCAAGCGCCACACACUUGCUCCUGCGCCGCCGAUCUGGAAUCCGGAGAUGAGCUGCCUGUGUUGGUGGUGUCCUGCGAUAGAGACAAAGCCGCAGUCGGGCCCUUCUGUGUUCGCGAGGGCGAGUUGCCCCCGGAGGAAGAAGCGAGGCGGUAUGCGCAGGCCCAGAGAGAAAGGGAGGCGAGACGUCAGGCAGGCGACAGAGACCGUGGAGAGGCAGUGCAGGCCACCGGUGCAGGCGCACAGGUGGACCAGAGAAAGGCGGGAGAGAGCGGGGCAGAUUUCGCCCCCGGUGCGCUGCCUGGCAGAGACGGGGGACACGUAGAGGACGAGGCGCGAGAAAUCCGCCAAACACGUGCGGAGGAAGAUAGGGAUCUUCAGGUAGCGAACCGAACAGUCUCCGAAGGAGCCGAAGAGGGACAGGUGCCCAGUAGAACUGCCAACGCCCAAAAUGCUCCGUCUUCUCUCUGCGUCAGUCAGGCAGCAGCUGGCAGCCGCAGCCCGGAUGAAGGUGUGGCGAGCAGCAAAAGCUGCUGUGCAAGCUGUCCGGAGUUGCAGCCAAAACCAGAAGACGGGAUCGAGGUAACUCUCGUGCUGAUCGUCUGGGGAACUGAAAAGGCGCGUGAGGGUCUUCUGCUUCAGACGUACGAUAGAGUGCGCAGGCUCCUCAGUAGAAAAAUGGUUGGCCUGGUCUGA